AUGAAAUGGGAAUUCACUGAGAAAAACUACGACAGCUUCCUGCUGCAGAAACUGAAUGAACAGAGGAAAUGCAAAGAGUACUGGGAUGUGGCCCUGACUGUGGACCACCAUGUUUUUUAUGCACAUCGCAAUGUACUGGCUGCUGUUUCUCCAGUAGUCAAGAGCCUCAUCUCUAGUGAUGAAGUGAAGACCACUGAUGAGCUCUUUAUCACCCUUGACCCCAACUACCUGAGUCCGGCCACGGUGGACCAGCUCCUGGACUACUUCUACAGCGGCAAGGUGGUGAUCUCAGAGCAGAACGUGGAGGAGCUCCUUCGUGGGGCCCAGUAUUUCAACACACCACGCCUUCGAAACCACUGCAAGGACUUCCUGAUUAAGUCCAUUAGUCCUGUCAACUGUUUGCACUACCUCAUCUUGGCCGAGAUGUUUGGGCUCAAAGAGGUAUCGGACUUGGCGUACUCAGGCAUCCGUGACAACUUCCACUACUGGGCCAGUCCUGAGGGCUCCAUGCCUGAGGACUUCAUGUGCUGUCCACCUGUCAUCUUUGGCCGCCUGCUUCAAGAUGAAAACUUGCAUGUGCUCAAUGAGGACCAGGCUCUCAGUGCACUCAUAAAUUGGGUGUACUUCUGGAAGGAUGAGCGGGAGAAGUAUUUCAAGAAGUUCUUCAGUUACAUCAAUCUCAAUGCCGUCUCCGAUAAGACACUGAUGUUUGCCAGCAACAAGUUGAUGGACAUGGAGAACAGCUCAGCCCCUCUGACCCUGAUUGAGAGUGUCCUUGUGGAACGACAGCAGGACAGGCCAUCCAGCCUGAUGAGCUACCAGCGGAAAGGGGCCCUGCUUGAUUCGGUGGUCAUCCUAGGUGGCCAAAAGGCCCAGGGCAAGUUCAAUGAUGGAGUGUUUGCCUAUGUCAUCCAGGAGAACCUGUGGUUGAAGCUCUCAGAGAUGCCCUAUCAGGCAGCAGCACUCAGUGCCACCUCUACUGGCCGCUACAUCUACAUGUCUGGUGGCACCACAGACCAGAUUUCAGGUCUAAAGACAGCUUGGCGGUAUGACAUGGAGGGCAACUCCUGGACCAAGUUGCCUGAGCUGCCGCUUGGUCUUGUCUUCCACACCAUGGUGACCUGUGGGGGGACAGUGUACUCAGUGGGUGGGAGCAUUGCCCCAAGGCACUAUGUCUCUGACAUCUAUCGUUAUGAUGAGCACAAGGAGGCCUGGUGCCUGGCAGGGAAGAUGAGCAUCCCUAUGGAUGCCACAGCUGUGAUCACCCACAGUGACCGGAACCUGUACAUUGUCACUGGACGGUGCUUGGUGAAGUGCUCCAUUUCCCGAGUUGGAGUGGUGGACUGCUUUGACACCAACACUGGGGAGGUUAUCCAGAGUAUCACCUUCCCCAUCGAGUUCAGCCACCGGCCCCUGCUCUCUUUCAAUCAGGACAACAUCCUCUGCGUGCACAGCCACUGGCAGAGCAUGGAAAUCAACCUACAGAAAAUCAAGGCCAACAGGACGAGCAUCUCACUGCCUCUCUUGCCCAACAACUGCCCCCUGGAUGAGUCCCAUGCUAUAUGCUCCAUCGGAGACGGCAGGGUGUUUGUAUGUGGGGGUGUCACCACAGCCACUGAUGUUCAGAAAAAGGACUGCACCAUCAAUCCAAACGCCUACUUGCUGGACCCGAAGACAGGCAACUGGAAGACGCUGGCCCCCCCACCAGAGGCACUGGACUGUCCCGCCUGCUGUCUAGUCAAGCUACCUUGCAAGAUUCUUCAAAGGAAUUAAACCACUUCUUUUUUGGGAGAAUAAUUAGAUGCAUUAUUAUCCACAAUUUAGUGAGAGAGAGAAGGAGAGGAAGAUGGCCUGUGGGUUCCUUCUUAGUGUUCCUGUCUGUGUUUGGCCCUGAAGGUAGAGAUCCUGGGCUAGGGCUGCUCUCACUGGAGGGAUCCAAGCUGAGGUGGAAUGGAGUUCCUGGUGGGUGGGACUGAGGCAUCUCCCGGGCACUGGCCAAGGUGGUGUCUGGAAACCCCCUGAUCUGUCCCCUGUAGUCACUUGGCAGCAUGUGCUAGACUGACAGGUGAAGCAGUUGCUUAGAGCUGUGAGGCCUUAGGCUCCUCCAACACUCACUUCCCUCAAGUCUGCCCGGGAAGGCAGGUGGGCCAAGGCCAGGUCUGGGAGAGGAGCCUCCUGGCUGGGAAGGAAGAAGAAGGCGGUGUGGGCCAGGCUCAGGGAUGAGGCAGAGGGAACGGGGGAGGCAGGGUGACUUGGCUGUUGUAUUUGACCACGCAGCUGUGGUGUAUUUGUGAGGCACUUGGGGGGUUACUUAACAGUUGUUUCCAGAGAGCAAGGUUCAUGGAGAACUUUCUCCAGGCAUGUGAGUCUGAGAGACUGGAGGUGACAGAGAGGUCAUCAAGGGAGAGAAAAGAAACCUGUGUCUCUCUUGGAGAGCAGCUUGGGGAUGAGGCGAGAUGAUGGGAUAAGAGAGACAGGGCAGUGUAGUAGUUAGGGGUUGGAUGCUGGGGACAGAUGGCCUGGUCGAAUACCAGUUCCACCACUUACUAGGUCAUCCUGGGUGAGUUACUUACCAUCUCUGUGCCCUAGUUUCCUUAUCUGUAAAAGGUGGACAAUAAGAGUCCCCAUCAUCAUAGGGUCAUGGGAAGUGUAAGUGAGUUAAUACGUGCAUAAUGCCGACGACAGUCCCUGGCAUAUAUUAAAGGGCUACAAGAGUACUUUUUUUAGAAGGAAAAAAAAGAGAGGUUGAGGCAAGUGUCCAGGUUUUUGGGCCCUUAGAUUAAGUGAGGUCCCAUCAAAUGCUCUUUGAGACCUCCUCCCUCAAAGCCUCAGUGAGCUUUCCUCAGUUCUAACUCCCUCUGUUUCCCUUUCCGUCAUGUGUGUACUCAGACAUAAUCCUCAGCAAUUUAGAAGGAACUGACCGUGUCCUGCAACAGCUGUAGAAUCCUCGUUCAUCCCGUCUCUCAUUCAUCCAUGAAUUUACUUUCUCCUCCACUGCUCACUUCACACACACACUAUCAUUGAGGCCUCUCUGUGCAAGUCCCUAUUCCAGGUGCUGGG